CCGGCCGCUGCUGGCUCAGUCGUCCGCGUACCUCUCCGCUGGCCCUCGCCGUUCCGUCAUGUCCUGCUACAUCUACCAGCUGCCCUCCUGGGUGCUGGACGACUUGUGCCGCAACAUGGACACGCUCAGCGAAUGGGACUGGAUGCAUUUUGCCUCCUAUGUGAUCACAGACCUGACCCAGCUGCGGAAAAUCAAGUCAAUGGAGCGGGUGCAGGGCGUGAGCAUUACCCGGGAGCUGCUGUGGUGGUGGGGCAUGCGACAGGCCACCGUGCAGCAGCUGCUGGACCUCCUGUGCCGCCUGGAGCUGUACCGUGCCGCCCAGAUCAUCCUGAACUGGAAACCAGUUCCUGAAAUCAAGUCUUCCAUCCCAGACUUCCCAGAUGCUGUAAAGCCAGGAAGGCCCUUGGCAGCUUCUGUAAAAAACACCAAGGAUGAACAGACAAAGGAGCAGCUUGAGAGGCCAGCUACCGUUCUGGGCCCAGGGCCCGUUUCAGCCAGAACCAACCUCCUGCCUCCUGAAGAUGCCCCUCCUGCCUUAAAAACCAGCCUUCCUGCUUCAUCUGAUUCAAAGGAUUGCAGCACCUCUACUCCUAAGCAGGAAACACUUCCGAGCCUGGCUGGAGACAGCCUUUUCUGGAGUGAGGUGGACGUGGUUCAGGCAACCGAUAACUUCAACGAAACCCACAAAAUCAGCGAGGGGACCUUUGCUGACAUCUACAGAGGGCAAAGGCAGGGCACACCAUUUGUCAUCAAGAAGCUCAGAGAAAUGCCCUGCUCAGGUCCAGGAUCAGUUGAAAAAUUCUUCCAGGCAGAGACACAAAUUUAUCAUAGAUGCUGCCACCCCAACGUCUUACCUCUGCUGGGCUUCUGCACUGGAAAACAGUUUUAUAGCUUGAUCUACCCCUACAUGGCAAAUGGUUCUUUACAAGACAGACUCCAGGGUCAGGAUGGCUUGGACCCCCUCCUCUGGCCCCAGCGCAUCAGCAUCUUCUCAGGGCUGCUUCGUGCCGUGGGGCACCUUCACAGCCUGGAUAUCAUCCACAGCAACAUCAAGAGCUCCAAUGUUUUGCUAGACCAAAACUUGACCCCCAUGCUGGCCCAUCCAAUGGCUCACAUGUGUCCUGUCAACAAAAAAUCAAAAUACACUGUGAUGAGGACCCACCUUUUCCAAGCCUCAGCUGCAUAUCUGCCAGAAGAUUUCAUCAGAGUGGGACAGCUGACAAAGCGAGUGGACAUCUUCAGCUGUGGAAUAGUGUUAGCCGAGGUUCUCACUGGCAUCCCUGCGAUGGACAACGACCGAAGCCCAGUUUACCUGAAGGAUUUACUGCUUAGUGAAAUUCCAAGCAGCACCACCUCGCUCUGCUCCCGGAAGACGGGCAUGGAGAAAGUGAUGGCCCAGGAGAUCUGCCGGAAAUACUUAGAGAAGAGAGCAGGGUGGCUGCCGGAGGACUGUGCCGAGGCCUUGGCCACGGCCACCUGCCUCUGCCUGCGGAGGCGGAACACCAGCUUGACGGAGGUGUGUGACUCCGUGGCUGCUGUGGAAGAGCGGCUCAGAAGUCAGGAGACAUCGCUCCCUUGGGGUGGGCUUUCCGAGAGCACAGGCUCUUCCUCCAACACUCCAGAAGAAACAGACGAUGUGGACAAUUCCAGCCUCAGUACCUCCUCCUCCAUGAAGGCAGCACCCCUCUCUGGGGCUGCUGCUUUGCUCGCCCCCACAGAGGAUGGAGAAGGCGGGAUGCAGGCUGACUCCUCCUCUGAGCCCUGUACCAGUCCAGAACCUCCCCAGGAUGCUACAGACACUUCAUGGAAAAUCGAGAUUAACGAGGCCAAAAGGAAACUGAUGGAGAAUAUCCUGCUCUACAAAGAGGAGAAACUGGACAGCAUCGAGCUUUUUGGGCCCUGAUGCCCAGAACACAGCGAGGAGCACUGUCUUCAAUCAAAAAGACUACUGUCAAGUCAAGAUAAAGGUCUGAGGCAGAAUCCAAGGUCUCCCAGGAAACACAAACCAAACAUCAGCUUUCUUGGGAGGGAGAGAAACUUCCAUAUUCCAGAGUAAAGGAAGAAGGGACCUCAGCUUUUAUAGACACCAAAAUCUAUGAAGUCCUCUUCCUUUCUGGGAUUUGUUAGUCAGAGCUGGGUUUCAUGAGACUGAAAUGGAAACCCUGGUACAUGGGCCCAGGAUGUGGGCAAUUUCGUGGUUCCGGGGAGGAUGUGAUGUUAACCACUCCAACAGAUGCCAACACUCCGAUACUCGUUCUCAGCCCCCAACUGACAGAGCAUUCUGAAUGCUGAUAGCACUUCCAAAGUUAAGAUCUCCGGGUCAUAUUUGCCAACAGCUGCCUGCAAAUUCCAUGACCUGAAAGAUUUUCAACUUGUGUCCCAGUGCAGUUCUUGACUCACUUCCCAAGGUCUCAAGUUUUAUAAAUGCCAGGCACCUGGCAAAGGGAUCUGUAGGUUUUCUGCUUUCUCUGUUGGAAAUCUUGCAACCCACAGGUAUUUAUUUAAUGUCCACUGUACACCUUUAUCCUCCCAUUCUACUAAUGCUAAUAUUUUUAUUGGAGCUUUUAUUUUGAGAAUAUGUUAUUUAUGGUUGAAUAUAGAAUCAGAAUAACUGAUUUCAUAUCUGAUUCUGCUGCUAAUUAAGUCAAUCAUUUAAUUUCUGGAAACUCAGUUUCCUUGUAAGUAACACCUAUUCAUUCUCCCUCCCUGCGCUGUUGGGAAGAACAGGUGAGACAUGGCUACAGAAGUACCGUAUUUUGAAAAUGCACUUGUCCUGUUUUAUAAAAUAAAUAAAAAGACAUUAAACUUAGAUUUCUGCCAUGUACCUAAUGGUUAUGCAGUGGGUAUAUUUCUGAAAAGUCAUGUUGCAGAUCUUUUUGUGAAACAAAUAUUAUUUUAAAUUCAGU